UGUCGCCUUCAAAAAUAAUACCAAACCAAACAAAGGUUUUACGGAAAGGCUACAAAAAAAAAUUAAUAAGAAUUCCAGAGCGAUCAAUUAAUCUUCUAGAAUAUUAAAACUAUAGAUUAUAAUAUUGACCAAUCGUCGUCACUCUCUGAUAGGUUCUUACUUCAAAUAUUUGAUUUAAUACUUCUCAAAACCACUUUUUAAAACAUAGUCAUUCCCUUCGUCUUCUUCCUCUGUCUACACAAAAAAAUGAAAAGCGGAGGAGGGAACACAAACACGAAGCUCAUACUUGUUCACCCAUACAUUCAAAAACAAACAAGCACAAACCGUCUAUGGCUUCUCGCUUUCAUCUCAUUCUUCACCAUCUCUUUUCUCCUCACUCUACUCUACACCACCGACACAAUCAUCUCCACCAAAACCACCUCCACCGUCGCUUCCUCCUCUCCGAUCUCUCAACUCCCAACGACCACCAUCAACGCUCUUCUCCACUACGCAUCAAGAUCCAACGACAGCUACCACAUGUCCCACGGAGAGAUGAAAUCCAUCUCCGACGUCCUCCGCCGCUGCCCUCCGCCGUGUAACCUCCUCGUCUUCGGCCUAACGCACGAAACCCUCCUCUGGAAAUCUCUAAACCACAACGGCAGGACGGUGUACAUCGAGGAGAAUCGUUACUACGCUGCUUACUUCGAAGAGAUUCACCCGGAGAUCGAAGUCUUCGACGUUCAGUACACGACCAAAGCACGUGAGGCACGUGAGCUUGUCUCCGCGGUUAAAGACGCGGUUGAGAACGAGUGUCGUCCCGUGCAGAAUCUCCUCUUCUCGGACUGUAAGUUGGGUCUCAACGACUUGCCGAACCAUGUCUACGAUCUUGACUGGGACGUGAUCCUUGUGGACGGGCCACGUGGCGACGGUGGAGAUGUGCCUGGGAGGAUGGCGUCUAUUUUUACGGCGGCGGUUCUUGCGAGGAGUAAGAAGGCGGGAGGGAGUCAUAAGACGCAUGUGUUUGUUCACGAUUAUUACAGGGAGAUCGAGAGACUUUGUGGAGAUGAGUUUCUUUGUCGGGAGAAUCUUGUGGAAUCUAACGACAUGCUUGCGCACUACGUGUUGGAGAGGAUGGAUAAGAACAGCACGCGGUUUUGCCGUGGUCGUAAGAAACGCUCUGUUUCUUCGUCGUCUUGAGUAAAAUGUGCGCUAAAAAUCUCGUUGAUAGACAACGUUAAUCGCGGAGGAGUUUGAGUUAAAUAAAAACCUUUUUCCUUUCUUUCUACCUUUAUGUCUUUUCUCCUACUGUAAUAUUCAAAUCUUAGACCCAUGUGAAAAUUCAAUCUAUUAAAACUUUACAAAAAAGCUUAUUUACUUAG